AUCACACACGUAGGUAUAACAGAUAAGAACUUAAUACGAAUAACAGUCAUUGUAGUAGUAUCCCCCAUCCACGCUUAUUUUUAAACCGUUUAUAUAUAUACAACAUCGAGCUUCGUAAACUUCAGUGCAUUCGGUCUAAUAACUCGAGUAACUUUCUCGCUAUCGAAUCAGCAACCCAUUCAAUCUAAACAGUUACGAAAGUAACGCGGUGAAGACAACCUGCGAUUCUGCUAUUGUAUAGAGAAUGCAUUAAGUCACGGAACGGUUAAAGACUAAAUAUACAAAAAUGAGUUCGCUAACGUGCUGUCAAUCAAAUGAUUCUUCUUCCUCAGCUUCUGGAGAUCCUGCCGAGGGUGCUUACAGCUACGCGGCUGAGAAUUUGAAUAAUAACAACAUGAUGGACAUUACAACGGACACUAGUAAAAUUUAUAGUUUUCCUAAAAGACAAGCAAUUGAUUUGAGGUUUGAGGAUGUUUACUUCCGAUCUUCGACAUGGUCUUUCACGAAGUUCAGACUUGAAACAAAAGAAAUCCUUCAUGGGGUCUCUGGUACCUUCAAGUCAGGAGAUUUAUCAGUUAUUAUGGGCCCUUCUGGAGCUGGAAAAUCUACCCUUUUGAAUAUUCUUGCAGGAUUUGUAGCCAGGGGAAGUUCUGGAGAAGUACGAUAUAACGAUGUGGUACGAACGAACAACAGUCCACGUUUUAGAGAACUUUCAGCUUACAUCCCACAAGACGAGGAGCUGAGAUUGAAUUUGACAGUUUACGAAUCCAUGACGUUUGCUGCAAACUUGAAAUUGGGUUAUAAUGUAACGCAUGACUAUAAGGGGCAACAGGUGGUUGAAAUUCUCGAACUUCUAGGACUCGAAGCCUGUCACAACACCAUGACAUCGCGCUUAUCAGGAGGUCAAAAGAAAAGAUUGGCCGUUGCCUUAGAGCUCUUGAGCAACCCGCCUAUUUUAUUCCUUGACGAACCUACAACAGGUUUAGACAGUGCAUCUUGUACACAAACAGUCACACUACUGAAAAAUUUGGCUAGAGAUGGCAGGACAGUUGUUUGCACCAUUCACCAACCGUCAGCUUUGCUUUUUGAAUCAUUCGAUCGACUGUACGCUGUAGCCGAGGGCAAUUGCAUAUACAAUGGAAGUGUUCGAGAUUUGGUUCCACACUUAUCGCAAUUGGGAUUGGUUUGCCCAGCGUAUCACAAUCCUGCUGAUUUCCUUAUGGAGGUCGCAGUUGGAGAGCAUGGCACUGAUGUUGAAACAUUAACUAAUGCGGCAAAUGUAAAAGCAAUUAAAGAGCUUGAGGAUACUAAAGAAAAAAAAUUGCUGGAGGAAACCGUUCAGUGGAGAAAAUCGCUCAUGAGUUCAUUCAUUGAAGAAGUCUCACCUCUACCAGCUGCAGUGGUUCGACAAUUUUUAUUAUUAUACAAAAGAAAUCUUCUGGAGAAUAAACGUGGUUAUAAAUAUCUCUUCAAUAGAUUGGUGGCGCACAUCGCGAUUGGAUUUAUUUUUGGCUAUCUCUACAGGGGGGUAGGAAGUAAGGCGAAUACAAUUUUGGGUAACUACGUCUACAUGUAUGGUACACUUUUACUUGUGGUUUACACUGGCCAGAUGUCUGUGAUGUUAUCAUUUCCUCUAGAAAUGCGAGUGCUUACGAGGGAACAUUUCAACCGAUGGUAUAGAUUGAGCCCUUAUAUUUUAUCAGUGGUGCUGAUCGAUAUACCAUUUCAGGUCUUAUGUUGUUGGUUAUAUUUAGGUAUUUCUUAUUACUUGACCGAACAACCAAUGGACCAUUGGAGGAUAAUCUUAUUCGUAGUAUUCACCACAUCGUCAACACUAUGCGCACAAUCAUGGGGAUACUUCUUUGGUGCUUCGAUUCCGAUGAAGAUUGCUGUUUUCCUCGGUCCAGUCGUAGCAUGCACGUUUUCCAUAUUCGGAUUCUGCAUCACUUAUCUCAAUACUCCGUUCUUCUUACGAUGGAUGUACUUCAUAAGUUACUACAGGGCAGGAUUCCAUGGAAUUGUCUACUCAAUUUAUGGCUUACAAAGAAAGUAUCUACCCUGCCCGGAUGAAGAACUUUAUUGUCAUUACUCAAAUCCCAAAAUCUUCCUACAAGAAAUGGAUAUAGUGGACGUAGAUUUAGUAACAAAUUUAAUUGUGAUUGUUGCAAUUUGGUGUGUGAUGCAUGCCGCCACGUAUCUAUCUUUAUGGCUUAAACUGACCAAAAGAUAAACCUUUGCGCCACUUAGACAAAGGAUAAUUACCAAAGAGCUUUAAUAUAAUCCACACUAAAAACUUACCAUCUUUGUGAUAGAAAUUUUAAUCUAAAAUUAAUCAGAAUGAACUCAGGGUAAGAUUCACCAAGCGAGAAGGUGUGAAAACAGUAUUUACUUCUUAGUUUUUUGUAUUGAACAGAUUACUAUAAAUUAUGACGUAAUGAUUUACACCAGUGACUUAUUUUUCUUUAUUUAUUACUUAGUUUUUAAUUCCUGUGAUGUUUUUGUAUCGAUAGUUAUAUUUCAGUUAGCCAAUCAAUUAUUGGGAGCAAAAAUGUCUUUUUCAUAUUAUGGUAGUUUCGCAAGCAACUUAUUCUUGUUUUCAUAUUAAUUUUUGUUUGUUUCCGUUGAAUAUAAAUGUAUAUUCUUUUUAUUUGAAGAUGAACUUUAUUGUUAUCAAGUUAUGUUGAUGUUGAAAUGUGAAAUAGUCCUCUGAACCUGUUAGUAUUUUAGAGCCAUUUUAUAUUUGCAUGCCUGUAAUAAUAAUUGUUUAUUAGUUAAAAUGAAACUUUUAAUAAAUAUUAUUCAACAAUUUUACAAAU